CUCUGGAUGGAGAGAGUCCUCCAUGCAGGCAGAAAACCUGUCAUCUACUAAAGCUCAGCCUGGGAAUCCCAGUGUGUCCCUCCACCAUCAUGUGGGUGCUACUACUGUCCCUGCUCUGGACUGGUAAGUGGACACGCCUCACAUCCUGCAGUCCUCUUACCACUGCGUGCGAGGACAAUGACGAGGAUUACAAGCUGCAGGUAACUAGCUCCGUGACGGUGCAGGAGGGCCUGUGUGUCCUUGUGCCCUGUAAAUUCUCUUACCCCUCCUUGGACAGCUGGUCUCAGUCUGUCGCUGGCUUCUGGUUCUGGAAAGAGGCCAACACAAGACAUGAGCUUCCAGUGGCCACAAACAGCCCACAUAAAGCUGUGCAGAAGAUCACCCAAGGCAGAUUCCACCUCCCCAGGGACCUGAGGAAUAGCAACUGCUCCCUGGACAUCCGAGAUGCACGGAGGCGUGACAGUGGUUCUUAUUUCUUUCGGGUGGAGAAAGGAAGAGUGAAAUGGAAUUACUGUGGGAGCCCAGUGACUGUGCAGGUGACAGCCCUCAACCAUACCCCCCACAUCGACCUCCCACAGACUCUAGAUCCUGGUCAUCCCAGCAACCUGACCUGCUCAGUGCCCUGGGCCUGUGAGCGGGGGACACCCCCCAUCUUCUCCUGGAUGUCAGCUGCUCUCAUCUCCACCGGCCCCAGGACCUCACUCUCCUCAAUGCUGACCCUCACGCCCCGGCCCCAGGACCAUGGCACCUACCUCACCUGUCAGGUGACCUUCCCUGGAGCUGGUGUGACUGUGGAGAGGACCAUCCAGCUCAAUGUCUCCUCAGGAAACCUGGGGACAAAAGCAGUUUCAGGAGUGGUUCGGGGUGCCAUAGGGGGCGCUGGUGUCGUAACCCUGCUCUCCAUCUGUUUCUGCCUGGUCGUCUUCAUAGUGAAGUCACACCGGAAGAAAACAGCCAGGAUCAGAAUGGGCACUAGCUACAGCUCCCCCGCCGUGCAGCCAGCCUCCCAGGGUCACAAGCUGGACUCUAAGCCUUACAGUCCCACUGAGCCCCCAAGGUCUUCAGAGGAAACCUCCACCAUGGGGAUGGAGCAGGACCUCCACUACGCCACCCUCAGUUUUCAUAGCAUGAGGCUUCAGGAGGACACCUCCACAGAGUACUCGGAGAUCCGAACCCACUGAGGAGACCUCAGAAGUAUUAUUCUCAUCCCAAAGACCCGUGUCCUCUGUGGACCUCACAGGCUGCUUCCGAAACUUUCCAUCCCAGUAGGAAGUGUGUGACAGACAACUGUGUGUGUCUCCUCCUCUGUUGAAGUUCUAUGAUUUUGUAACCAGAGAUUGGGAACCAAGUCUGUGUUCCUGUCUGUCUAAUGGAUGUUACUAGUCCUACUUCUCAAGGUAGUGGAGAGGACUCCUGGUGUAGGGAGAGGGUGGAUGACUGGUUCCUCCCAUGUGGGCAUUUGGUCCACAAGCCCAGUGUGGUUAUUCCAGACAUGGUACCAACCCCCCUCCAUCAGCCUCACCCCAUGAUUAAAUCCCUACAGCAAA